GAAGAAGCACAGAUAUAUAUAGUAAAGGCUGGUGUUCAACAAUGUAUCCAGUCAAUCAGUCGCUGGAUUGAAGAGAACCAACAACAAUCAUGGCUCCAAGUGCUUUGAUUCAAGCAGCUUUCCUAGGACUCCUAGUCGUGUCCACAGCAUUUGCUGACAAACUUGACAAACUCACUAGCAAUGAGAAAACAGACUCCGUUACCGUGAAAAGCGCAUCUGCUUCCGAGCAGGCCAAUUUCCCUUUCUCUAACCCAUCUAUUUUCUCAUUCGGAGCCAAGAGCUUUGGCCCAUCAACCCCAGCUCCGUUCGCAUUCGACAGCUCGUUCUCAACAACCGCUGCACCAUUCAAGUCCGUUUCAUACAGCUCUACACCAGCUCCGUUCGCAUUCGACAGCUCGUUCUCAACAACUGCUGCACCAUUCAAGUCCGUUUCAUACAGCUCUACACCAGCUCCGUUCGCAUUCGGAAACUCUUUUGCGUCGAAUGCCUACUCCAACGCCGCCGCAGCUCAAGCCUUUGAUUCUGCAUCGUUCAUUGGAUCGUCCACACCUGCUCCAUUCUACGAUGGCUCAUUCGGUUCAUCUACCCAGGCAUCUUUUUUUCAACUAAUUGGAUCAUCUACUCCAGCACCUUCCUUGUCUGGCGCAGCUGUCUCUGGUGCCGCACUAUCUGACUCGAGCUUUGCGUAUUCUUCCACCCCCUCAGUUUUAUUGGGCGGAUCUUCACCAGUUGUGUCAUCCACCCCAGAACCUGUYGUUUUGAACAGAUCACCAGCUUUCUCUACUUCAUAUGGCUCUUACUACUCUGGUGCCUACGCCCCGUCGUACUCUCAAGGCGCUAUCAUCAAGUCUGACGCAGUUAGCCACGAUUCGGUUGAAAUUCCAGCUGUAGCUAACGCUCCUGCACCUCAUCACGAAGUUACCAUCACUAAAGAAGUUCCAGUUCCAUACUACGUGCAAGUUGAAAAGAGAGUGCCAUACCCCGUGUUGGUCCGUGUGCCACACCCAUACCCCGUUACAGUAGAAAAACAUGUGCCAUACGCCGUUAAAGUCAACGUAGACCGUCCAGUCCAUGUUCCUCAACCGUACCCAGUAGAAAUCGAAAAGAGAGUACCUUACCCAGUUGAAAAGCCAGUACCUUAUGAAGUGAAAGUACCAGUCGACAGGCCAUACCCRGUCCAUGUUCCGUUCGAAAAACCCGUGCCAUACGCAGUUGAGAAGCCCGUGCCAUACCCAGUGCGAGUAAAUGUUGACAGACCAUACCCCGUCGAAAAGCCAGUACCAUACCCAGUCCCCGUCGAUAAGCCAGUGCCAUACCCAGUAGAAAAGGCUGUGCCAUACCCAGUAGAAAAAUUGGUACCAUACGCAGUUGAAAAGAAGGUUCCAUACCCAGUCAGGUACGAUGUCCCAGUCAAAGUACCAGUUCCAGUGGAGGUCAGAGUUCCAGUGUCUGUGGACAGACCAGUUCCAUACCCAGUAGAAAAGAAGGUUCCAUACCCAGUCCAAGUCCCAGUUGAAGUUAAGGUCCCAGUCCCAGUUGCAGCCCCAGCUCAACGUUUCGCUACAGUACACUACUACCAACAAUCUCCUGUUGGUUUGGGAUACGAAUCCAGUCAAGCUUUUGCUGGCCAAUCUGGUUACAAAGCUUUUGCUGCACAAUCCAAUGACGGUGUACCAAACUUCUACUACAACACACCCGCAAACGCCGUUAUCCUUAACAACCAAAAUUUGAAAACAUCCGAACAAUUGGCUCUGACCGGAACCAAAUUAUCAUACGGUUCAUCUGGUUUAGCUCCAGCUUUUAACAGUGCAUUCUACAGCUCUACUCCAGCCACCGGAAGUGCGUUCUACAGCUCUACUCCAGCCACCGGAAGUGCGUUCUACAGCUCUACAGCUAGCCCGAUUAGCUCAUACAGCUCAACUGCCAGCUCAGCUGGACUCUUCGGCUCAAACUUUGCCCAAGACGGUUUCAGUAGCACAUCAGCUCCAUUCAGCUUCGGUGAACAAUCUUUCUUCGGUUCAUCUACACCAGCUCCAUUCAACUCUUUCUCCGCUGGUUCAUCUGAUGCUUCAUCUCUGUUCAAGUCAACCAACUUUGGAUCAGUCGGACAAGAAACAGUUGCCAUUGGAGCUGCAUCCAACAAGGCUCAAGAAAAAGUUGAGUCAAAAACUGAAGACUCCAAUGUUGUAAAGAAAUAGAUUUUCAAUGUUUCAAUUAUAACUGAAAUGUGCACUUUCACAUUUUUAUAAAGCUACUGAUUGAUAGAAAUAUUUUAAAAUAUAUUUAUAAAAUAUAUUUUUUAAA